CUUGGUUUCUCUGCCCACGAAGAGGAGGAAGUCUCUGAGCGUGUCAGGAUCCCGACGUCGCCCUCUUCGUUAUCGGGCGAGGACACCCUGAUGCGCGACCUCGAAACCUCCGACGCGAUUUCUUGAGGUCCUUCUGUUGUUUGGGUUGAAAUCGACCGCCAUGGCGGCUCCCUUCUUCUCCACCCCCUUCCAGCCCUACGUCUACCAGAGUUCCCAAGCAGCAGUAACAGCUUUUCAGAUACUGGGUGGCGAGUCUCAGAUUGUUCAGAUAAUGUUAAAAGCACAAGAAAAACUUAUCGCAAUGCCUGGUACAGUGUAUUACAUUUCUGGGUCGAUUCAAAUGGACAAUAACUACAUCCCUGAAAAUGAGGCAGGAUUCUGGCAGUGGAUCUUUGGCAAACGUGUGACAAGUGUAGUUAUCUCAAAUUCUGGUCCAGAAGAUGGAUUUGUUGGAAUUGCAGCACCAUCUCCUGCAAGGAUACUUCCAAUUGACUUGGCAAAUUUUGGCGGUGAGAUUCUUUGCCAGCCUGAUGCAUUUCUUUGCUCAGUCAAUGAUGUGAGAGUUUCCAGUAGAGUUGAUCAGAGGCCCCGCAACCUUGAGGUUGGUGCAGAGUUGAUCCUCAAACAUAAGCUAGAAGGCCAGGGGUUGGCAUUUCUUCUUGGGUGUGGAUCUGUAGUGCAGAAAAUUCUUGCUCCUGGAGAAGUAUUUAUAGUUGACGCUGCAUGCAUUAUAGCUAUGACAAGCUCUAUCAAUUUUCAACUGAAGUACUCCAGUCCGAUGAGGAGGGUGGUCUUUGGGGGUGAUAACGAAUUGAUGGCCACUCUCUCAGGUCCUGGAGUCGUGUUUAUCCAAAGUUUACCUUUCCGUCGGCUUUCCCAACGUAUCGCAAGAGCUGCCGCCGCUCCAAGCUUGAGGGAUAACCCAAAGUUCUUCAUGCAGAUCGCGCUCUUGUUCUUUCUUGCGUAUGUCAUGAUUGUUUCAUCACUGAUUUUGACCGAUGUCUAGUUCCUCCCCUCCAUCUCUCAAAGCUUCUUAACAUGGAGGACUUCUCGGCAGUUCUUUUAUUCUGAUGAAAUCCACCUCAGCACGUCGGAGUUUAUCUACAACUAGCCGUGACAAUUCUUUUCCCCGCCUUCUCCGCUACUGCAGUGUGUCCACCUCCGCUUCCUGCAGCCGAGCCCUUCUCAUCUGCUCACGUGUCGACAACGUGCCAACGUCGUCGUCGUCGAUGUUGGUUUUUUUAUCGCAUGAAGCUAUCUAUACAUAGCUCAAUCGAUUGAGGUCCGACGUUAUGAGUCAAGGUCAACCAAGGAGGACCGACGACGGUUGGGCGCAAGACUCGACGUUGCAGGUGGCCAUGUGGACCGAUAAGGUCACCAUGAGGGAGGUGCUACAAGCCACGGCAAGGUCCAUCGACAAACGGCCCGAUCGAGCGUUGAGAUGUUGCGGCCAUUGCGGCAGUGGAGUCCACGACCCGAGCCAAGGUCGUCUACCCUAGUAUCACGGACUUAGCUGGUUUUGCCUAAAUCGUACGGCACCUUUGUGUGUCCGUCCGCAAAGGCCAACCUCCCCAAAGUCUCCCAUGUCCCUUAGGACCCACAAAAGAGAGAACGGGUUUGAGAAAAUGUCUCAUUCGAGAUCCACAAGCAAACAUUUCUGAAAACACUUCAAAGACAAAGCAAAUUACAAACAGACUUUACAAGUUCUAAACAAUUGCACGAUCUUCGCACGGCUACCAACUCUCUGGACGAUGAAUUCAUACCUUCGGAUGAUCACCGUCCGGUAUGUGCGAAACAAUGUCAUGCGAUGCGUCUCGAACUUCCCAGAGCGGCCAUUGUUGGGACGACGCUAGGUCGUGCGACCCCAGAUGGUGUAGGAGGGGAGCGAUCAUUGUCCCGAAUUCUCGAUGAAGCAUCCGACGUGAUGCUGUAUACCUCGUGAGAUUCCGUGCUUGCGUUAAUGUGGUCGGAGGUCGUGUCCAUACAGCGAGAUCCACGAUAUGCUCUAUCAAU